CUGCACCCACCCCCACCCUCAUACUGCCCCUGGCCAGAGCCCCUUGGCCUACAGAAGAGCCCUGACCAGCACAGGUCACAUUACCCAGUCCAUUCCUCAGCCCUGUCCACUAAAGGAUACAAGACCAACCUGAAACACCUGUAGACACCUCCAAAACACAGGGCACCAUGUCACAACCGUUCUUUCUGACAACAAGGGAGAGGAAGAUGCAGGCAGCAGCCAUUUGCAGAGAGGUUCAUGCUGCUGAUGGGUCAGAGGUGGAUGUGGGGCGGAAGGUAAAUGCACCUAAAGAAAUUAUGCUGGAGGAGCUCUCCUUAGCAUCCAACAGAGGAUCUCGGCUCUUCAAGAUGCGUCAGAAACGCUCGGAGAAAUACACAUUCGAGAACAUUCAGAAUGAAGCAAAUGCUCAAAUCAGUAACAGUGUGAUUCCUCCUGUACCAAGUAAUGAAGACACAGAUAUCAAAACCAAUGUUAAUGGUGUAGCUGACCAGGCAGAUCCAUGUACCAAUCCUGGCAUUAUAGCCCCAGGUUACGGAGGUCCUUUAAAGGAUGUUCCAGCAGAGAAGUUCAACUGCACAGCCAUUCCCAAAUCCUACCACUCUCCAUGGGAGCAGGCCAUCAGCAGGGACCCCUCUCUAGCUGACACACUGCGUGUACAAAUGCCUGAACCUGAGCCCAGACCUGAGAUACCAGAGUACAAGAGCUUUAACCGGGUGGCUACUCCAUUCGGCGGCUUUGGAAAAGCACCUAAAGUCCCAGUGAAGCCACUUGAGGUGGAUGUUGUCUCGGGCGUCCCCAGCCUUCCCCCCCCAGCGCCUCCAGCAGACCAUGUGUCCGCACGACCCUCCUUCAACAGGACAGCUCUAGGCUGGGUGGCUGAAAGUGCCCCUCUGGCCCUGCCCACUGUCAGCCUAAAGCCCAUGUCAUCCGUGCCGCCCGUGUUUUUCCCUGAGUCUGAUGAGCUCUGAGUGAAGCUCUCGUUGCAAGACAGAAAAAAGUAAUGCACUGAAUUUAGUUGAUUCAAACGUGGGCAUGAUUAUAAAUAAAAUAUGUCACAUAAAGCCGAAGGGAGGUAUUUAUAUUUAUUCUAGUAGGUGUACUUAGGUAAAAUAUCAAUAGAUUUGUACUCAUUUAUUUUCAUAAUUCUUUUACUUUUCGAGUAUGUUAGUGAGUAAAAGAAUCUACAUUAAACUUACAUUUAAGCCUUUCAUAUUUAGUUACCAAUUCCUUUAUUGAGUUUAAUUUCAUUUUGUUGUUUGUUCUAACUUUGGAGCUUUAUUAUUUUAUUUUAAACCAGAAGAAUCCCACAAAGAGAAGAAUAGAGUGAUGUUUGUUCAUUUGAGCUCUUAUUUGGCCACUUUAAGCCUGUGCUGUAAUAGAGCUGUAAUAGUUACAUACAAUGAACAAAAAAGGCAUUUAAAGUGUGGAUCAGAUUUAUUUAUAAUUAUUGCAACUAAUCAUCAGCUAAGAUUUGUGAUUGUGACAGGCUUAUUUAUUCAUGAGGAAAUUAUGUACCUGUUUUAAUCAAGUAAAUUCAGUGCAUUGCUUUUUUUCAGUGUAUUGUGAUGCACAUGAAGCUGUAAUUCGGGUUGCACUUUCAAAGAUGCCCAUGUGCGUGAAGCACAUAGGGGAUGCACAGCUGUUUACAGUGCCACACUGCCUGAUCAUGACAUGUAGACAACAACAUCUGUUUAAGCUUUUUCCAAUGUGAAAGAAAGUUCUACAUGCUUUAAGUAGCAUAGUUAGUACUGUUAUUAAAUUGCAUACUUGUUAACUUAAAGUAUCACAUCUUAUGCAAAAUGUUGUAGCAAACCUUUUUGCAUAUAGAUCUACAUACAUAGACAUUUCUUCAACUGUUAUGUGAAUCUACACCUGUACAUACCAGUACACCUGUAAAUAGACAUAACAUUGAAGACUGUUAAUUUAUGACUUAUUACUGUCAUUUAUAAAAAGAAAAUAAACGGUGGAAGGAAGACA